AUGGGUUCCAACAUUCUCAGGAAUUUGGCACUAUUCUUCUUACUCUUCUCAGGUUCAAGUUUUGCAGAGAAACCUCCCAUACAAGAAGAAAAUCAACAAGACAUACCUCUGCAGAGUGAAGAAGAGAGAAAGAUCUUCUCUCCUUCAGUACAUUUCACUGAGUUGUAUGACGCCCCCAUUGUAAACCCAGCGACAACGCCAGGAGAAGUUCAAACUCCAACAGUAAACCCAACUACGUCGCCACAGACUGGACCGAACUCAGUAGACCCUAAUAUGAUGACUCCCACCACAGGGCCUGGAAACUCUGGUGGAGGUUCAUGGUGUAUUGCAAGCUCUGCUGCUUCCCCGACUGCUCUACAGGUGGCUCUUGACUAUGCUUGUGGCUAUGGCGGUGCAGACUGUUCGGCGAUUCAACCAGGGGGGAGCUGCUAUGACCCCAACACCGUGAAGGACCAUGCUUCUUAUGCCUUCAAUGACUAUUACCAGAGGAAUCCAGCUGCUACUAGCUGUGUUUUUGGAGGAACAGCUCAACUUGUUAGCACAGACCCAAGUAAUGGUAACUGUCACUAUGCAACAUCCAGAGCUGCACCAAGCCCCCCUCCACCUGCAGUUCCAAACCCAACACCACCGCCGCCUGUAAUCCCACCACCAACACCGCCCAUCACCACAAUACCAACCAUGACACCACCGGCUCCCACGAACCCAACUUUUACGCCCACAGAUCCAUCGAUGUAUGGUGCAGAACCAUCAGGCAUGCCCAGCUCAGCCACUUCAAUAUCAAAACGAUCACUGCUGCUCUUGGCCAUGACUUACCUUUUGGGUUCGCUUGUGGCAAAUCAUCUGUAAGCAGAAGGAAUCUCAUUUCUUCUCUCCACAGAGAGAUGGCAAUCGCUUAUUUGCUGCACAUUUUUGCAUUGUUAGACAUCAAUAUGAUAAAAAGAAAGAUUAUAUAGCAAGUUAUUGUUGUUACAC